AUGGACAAGUCAAUCGACCUGUUAUCUGCUUCAAUGAAGGAAUUCAAACUUCGAGAAGCAGCGCAGAGUCAACUUGUUAAUUCUACAGCAUCAGUCCCGCAAACUUCAUUAACGGGACAGCAACAAGCACCCACAAACCCGUCGCCUACUGUACAAAUACCGGUACAUUCCUCAGAGAAUCAACCUUUGCUUCCAAAUCCUACUGCGCUCGUAGGCUCUCCAGAAGAGCAAGUAACAUCGAAACAACGAGUACCCCGCUUGCUGACCAACGCCAAAGCAUCUUUUUCACGGCUCCAACGUCCACCACAAGUCGCGAAAAGGACAAAACCAAAACAAUCGUCCGCGGAGUCUGUAGACUCGGUAACGGAGCAAUUUGCCUUGCUCGUGACUCCGUCCUCUUCAGAGAGUUCAUCUUGCAAGAAGCCCUCGUUGAAGCAGAUGAAAAUAUGGAAUCAGCAAGCGGCUGUCAAGCAAGCUCUGUUAGGAAUCGACUUAAGUCAAGAGAGAAGAAUGCCCAAAGACCAAGUUGAUAUCGAAGCUGGGGUCUGA